AUGCAUCUACGUCCCGAUCAUGCCGUACGGGACCUCCGAACCCUACAUGCCUUUAUUCGCGCCCAUCCUCUCGGCGUCCUGACCACGUCCCUCCCAUCGAAAAACUUCCCGACCCUCCAAUGCAGCCAUAUCCCAUGGGUACUGGAUAGCGAGCCACCCACCGGCACCAGCACCACCGAGAACAAUGCAUCAUUCCUUGGCAUAAUGCGGGGGCAUAUUGCCCGAGCAAACCCUCAAAGCAAAGCCAUAGUCGAAGCAGUCACGGAAUCCCGUACUCAACCCUCCGCAGACCAGAGUCCGAGUGACAAUAAAGGCGGCGAUAUACUCCCCGAAGAAGUCAUGAUCGUAUUUACUAGCCCGGUAGACCAUUAUAUCACACCGAAUUUCUACACAGAGGGCAAAGUGGGUGGAAAGGUUGCGCCGACGUGGAAUUACGCCGCUGUACAAGUCUACGGACGUGCACAUAUCUACCAUGAUUCGAAAGACGAGGGUACAGGCGAGUUUCUGCAUCAGCAGUUGACUGACCUUGCACGGUUAGGCGAGGAGGGGGUUAUGGGAUUCCGGGAGGGAGGUAACUCCACUAAGAGUGAAGGUGAGCACACUCCAUGGAAAAUAGCCGAUGCACCUCAGCAAUACAUCGCGACAUUAAAAAAGAACAUUGUUGGAAUGCGGAUUGAGAUCACCCGGAUCGAAGGCCGUUUCAAGGUUAGCCAGGAACGACCAGUGAAUGAUCGGACUGGAGUGGUGGAGGGGUUAGAAGGGAUACAGGGUCGAGCGCGAGAGAUGGCUGAGUUUGUGAAGAGUGGCCGUGUCUUGACUGGCACCGCUGAAUGA